GGCCAUCUUGAGCCGCCGGGGAGGCCAUCUUGGAGCAUCGGUUCGGACUGAAAAAUACAUCUCGUCGGAGAUCCGGGCUUGCUUCUCCUCUGAGACACAUCGCCAGCACCGACGCCACUGUCGUCCACGGCGCCAGGUUUGGCUGGAGUGGCAGGCCCAAGCAUUGCUGGCGCAGACGAGCCGGCCUUAGAGCCUUGGCCAGCCGAUCUUGGUGCUCCGAGCUGGGGAGCCACCGCGGAACGUGUCCCCGUGGAGGGCGUGCCGACCAGUGUCGACGAGGCACGACAAGGAGCGCCUGGUCGCCCCGACGGUGGGGAGGUGUGGGCAGGCAGUUCCGACGUGAUGGCGGACGGCGUGCCGGAGGAGCUGGGGGAGGUGUUGAGCAACGCCACGGCGACGUUCGGCGGCAAGGUGGCGGAGUUGGUGAGGCAGACAGCGAACGCGACCGUUGAGCUCAACCUGACCUCCAUUGCCGCCGCUCCGCCCGGGAGGGAGACGCCCGUGGUCGUCGUGCAGCUCUCCAAGGUCAAGCUGCUGGCCUGGCUGACGGUGGCCCUGGCCGUGGUUGGGUCGGUGGCCGCCGCCGUAGCGAUGCUGCUCCGAGGGCCCGGCUCCGGCGACGGCGAGCUGCGGCGCCGGGUGGAGGGCCUGCGGGUGACAAGGGGGGCCGAGCUGCGGUCGAUGUUCGGCGCGUCCAGCGGCGGCCCGCCUGCCGACCAGGCGCUCUCCCCCGGCAUCCUCAUGCGCAUCCGGGGGCGCGUCGUGGCCGGAGCGGAGGGCCCGCUGCAGGCCCCGUUCUCCCAGCGCGCCUGCGUGACGUGCUCCGCGUGCGUCUCGCGCGGCCGCCACGACGGGAUCCAGCCGCCGCCCCUGGCCUUCCACGCCGCCGGGCGGGACUUCGAGGUCCAGCUCAGCGACGCGCCGCGCCUCAGCGUCGCCGUGCGCGGCCACGACGUCGCGCUCUUCAGCAUGGCCGGGGGCCUCGAGGUCCACGAGGUGCCCUUCGCGGGCGCCCCAGAGUCCUGGCGGCGGUUCGUGCUGGACCGCCUGGUGCCCGUCGCGGGCCCGGCCGCCCACUUCGACAGCUGCGAGGACCUUGGCUCGGCGGGGGGCCCCCUGCAGUUCCGGGAGUGCGCCCUGGCGGUCGGCGCCGAGGCCACGCUCGUGGGCGAGGUGGCGCGCGAGGCGGGCGGCGCCCUGCGGCUGCGGCCCUGGCGGCCGCCGUCGUCGCCCGAGCGCCGCGCCGCCGCGGACCCGCUGUGCGGGCACGUGAUGGCCGUCGGAGGGCGGCAACCCCGCCAAUCUGGACGCCAGCGACUGCCCCUCGCUGCUCGGCGGCGCGCCGGCGGCGCUGCCGCUGGCUCCGGGCCUCCUCCAGCGCUGGGCGCUGCGGGCGCCGCAGGCGCCCUGGCCCUGGCCCGCCCUGCGCCGCCUCCUCGGGGCGGGCGCCCGCCCGAAGCGGCCCGGGCCCGGCAACUUCCCGGUGCCGGGCUAGCGGGCCCCGCGGGGGCGGCCAUAUAGCGCCGCGAGGGCGGCGGGGGCCGGGCGCCGGAGAGAGGCGCGGUGCCUCGCGAGCGGCCCCGCCUCGGGGGCGCCCCCUGCCUGCCUCCGAAA